GCCACAGCCUCAGCCGCUUCCGAGCGGCAGAAGGGUGCAGCCGAUCGCUGUGCCCAGCCGGGCCACUUUUCUGCGACGCCGCUCCUCUUCCCCAGGGCCAAGAUCUUCCUCUGCGCGACUCCGAGUAGCGUUGGUCCAAACCCCUCGCAACGCCAUGGAAGAAUUUUUGCAACGAGCCAAGUCUAAACUGAAUCGAAGCAAACGCUUGGAGAAGGUCCAUGUGGUCAUUGGGCCUACGUCGUGUGACUUGGAUUCUCUCAUUUCUUCCUUCACUUAUGCUUACUUUCUGGACAAGGUCAGUCCACCGGGGGUUCUCUGUUUACCAGUGCUGAAUAUACCCAGAACCGAAUUCAGCUACUUCACUGAGACAAGGUUUAUUUUAGAAGAGUUAAAUAUCUCUGAAUCAUUCCACAUAUUCCGAGAUGAAAUUAAUCUGCAUCAGCUAAAUGAUGAAGGGAAGCUGUCCAUCACACUUGUUGGCAUCAGUGUCCUGGCAAGUGAGGACAAAACUUUAGAAUCUGCGGUUGUCAAAGUCAUUAAUCCGGCUGAGCAGAAUGAUGCCGGCGUGGAGUUCCGGGAGCCCUCCUCUUCGCUCGUGCUGAAAGAGCUUCUCCGCGAGGCUCCUGAGCUCGUCACCGAGCAACUGGCUCAUCUCCUCAGAGGUAGCAUCCUUUUCAAGUGGAUGACCAUGGAACCAGAGAAGAUCUCGGAAAAGCAGGAAGAAAUUCUCUCUAUCUUGGAAGAAAAGUUUCCUAACUUGCCUCCAAGAGAGGACAUUAUCAACAUUCUGCAGGAGACCCAGUUUGGUGCUCAGGGUUUAAGUAUUGAACAGACAAUCUUGAAAGACCUAAAGGAACUGUCAGAUGGAGAAAUAAAAGUGGCCAUCAGUACAGUGGACAUGACCCUCGAGAACUGUGUGUUUCACAGCAAUAUCACCAGUGAUUUAAAAGCAUUUACAGACAAGUUUGGUUUUGACGUCCUCAUCCUGUUCGCCAAUUAUCAGUCAGAGGAGCAGCAGCCAAGACGGCAGAUAGCUGUGUACUCCCAGAACCUGGAGCUCUGCAGUCAGAUUUGCUGUGAGCUGGAAGAGUGUCAGAACCCUUGCCUAGAACUGGAGCCCUUUGAGUGUGGCUGUGAUGAGAUCCUGGUGUACCAGCAGGAGGAUCCUUCUGUGACAUGUGAUCAAGUGGUUCUCCUUGUCAAGGAAGUCAUCAACAGGCGGUGUCCAGAGAUGGUCUCCAACAGCCGGACGUCCUCAACAGAAGCCGUGGCAGGCAGUGCCCCUCUCUCACAGGGAUCCUCCGGGAUUAUGGAAUUGUAUGGUUCUGAUGUAGAGCCACAGCCCAGCUCUGUGAACUUUAUAGAAAACCCUCCAGAACUCAACGAUUCUAACCAGGCUCAGGUGGAUGUCAACGUAGACCUUGUCAGUCCAGACAGUGGGCUGGCCACCAUCAGGAGCAGCCGCUCAUCCAAGGAGAGCUCAGUUUUCCUCAGUGAUGACAGUCCAGUGGGAGAAGGUGCUGGACCUCACCAUAGCCUCCUCCCAGGAUUUGACUCCUACAGCCCCAUCCCUGAAGGGGCAGUCACAGAGGAGCACGCACGGUCUGGAGAACACAGUGAACACUUUGACCUCUUCAACUUUGACCCAGCACCCUUGGCUUCUGGGCAAUCCCAACCAUCUUCCCAUUCGGCAGACUAUUCCCCAGUGAAUGACUUCCCUGACAGUGACUCCUCAGAAGGACAGCUCCCCACUGGGCCCAAGGUGCUGGAUGAACUGGGGAUCAACAUGUCCAAUUUUUCAUCCAGCUCUCUUUUGUCAGAGGCUGGUAAAGACAGCCUUGUGGAGUUUGAUGAGGACUUUGUCCAGAGACAGGAAAGUCCCAGAGAUAACCCUGAAAGGAAUUUGAGCUUGGCAGAUUUUGUGGGAGAUGAAUCUCCUUCUCCUGAGAGGCUGAAAAAUAUUGGAAAGAGGAUCCCCCCAACACCUAUGAACAGCUUUGUAGAAAGCUCUCCAUCCACUGAGGAGCCAGCCCCACUCUACCCAGAAGCUCUGACCCAAAAAACAAUGGAUACAGGUCACACAGGGCCACCUCAGGCCCGUGCACGCUGCAGAAGCUGGUGGGGGGGCUUGGAAAUUGACUCUAAAAAUAUUGCUGAUGCCUGGAGUUCUGGUGAACAGGAGUCUGUCUUCCAGAGCCCUGAAUCAUGGAAAUAUCACAAGCCCAGCCCUGCUGAGAGGAGAGCCUCUGAUUCUCUAUUUCAACCAAAGAGUCUUGAGUUCCCAAAACCAGGUGCCUGGGAACCUGAGUUCUGUCAGCCUGAAUUAGGUAGCAACAAUAUUCUAGGCCCCAAUGAGGAAAGUUUUCAGUUUCAGAACCUGCCCCCUGAGAAAUCCCACUUGCCAGAUGCUUCUCCACAGGGAACAAACCACCUAAUAGAAGACUUUGCUGCUUUGUGGCAUUCUGGCCGCUCGCCCACAGCAAUGCCUGAGCCAUGGGGAAAUCCCACAGAAGACGAUGAGCCAGCUGCUGCAGUGUCAUUACCAGCCUGGAGUGCAUUUGGUAAAGAAGAUAAUGCCACAACUUUAAAAAGUACCUGGAACCUGCACCCAACGAGCAGCGAGACACCUUCUGUGAGGGACCCAAAUGAGUGGGCAAUGGCCAAGAGUGGCUUUUCAUUUCCUCCAGAAGACCUACUGGACACUUCACCCAGUGACACAAAUGAGCAGGUAGCUCCAGAAAUCUGGGUCAGGAAGAACAACGACUCCCAGGAGAACAGCUUCAUGUCUGGAAAGCCCAGUUCUGAUCUGGAUCACGCGUGGAGUCAUUCUAAGCCAGCGGAGGAAGGCCAGAAUGGGUUAGCGGAUGCCAACACCAGAGGGAAAACAUAUGAUAAGGUAGAUUCCUGGAACCUUUUUGAGGAUACUAUUAAGAAAGGAGGGUCAGAUGUCCUAGCUCCUUGGGAAGAUUCCUUCUUAUCGUACAAAUGCUCUGAUUACAGCGCAUCCAACAUAGGAGAGGAUUCAGUACCUUCCCCCUUAGAUACCAACUACUCCACCUCUGAUUCUUACACAUCACCAACAUUUGCUGGAGAUGACAAAGAAACAGAAAACAAGCUCUUUGUUGAGGAAGAAGGUCUUGAGUCAAAAGACAUUAACUCUGCCGUGGUGGAGGCUGACCUUCCUGCCCCAUCGCUGCAGCAGCCACCGAGAAAUCGGAUCAGCUCAGGUCCUGAGAACCUGGACAUGUGGGCUUCACCUUGCGCCAACAAUAGUUUGGAAAUAAAUGCUGCCGUUGAUGUAGAUAAAGAUUUACUCAAGACAGAGGACACAGAUGAUAAGAACGUCUCUGUGGAAGAUGACAUGGGGGAAAGCAGCCAGUCUAGCUACGACGACCCCAGCAUGAUGCACCUGUACAAUGAAACAAACAGACAGCUCACACUUCUGCACAGCAGCACCAACUCCCGUCAGGUGGCCCCCGAUGGUCUCGACGUGUGGAACAAAGUGAUUUUAGAGGACACUCAGUCCACAGCCACGAUCUCGGACAUGGACAAUGAUUUAGACUGGGAUGACUGCAGUGGGGGUGUGGCCAUCGCCAGUGAUGGCCAAGCAGAAGGAUACAUGGCUGAAGGUACUGAGCCAGAAACCCGAUUUUCAGUGAGACAGCUGGAACCAUGGGGCACUGAGUAUCAGGAAGCAAAUCAAGUAGAUUGGGAACUCCCUGCCUCUGCUGAGGACACUCAGGAUGCUGCUCCCAACCAAUAUCACUCACUGAACCAGAAGAGUGGACAGCUAAUUGCAAAUAACAUUUGGGAUUCCGUCAUGAGAGAUGAAGACAUGCCAUCACUCAUGUUACCAAGUUCUUCGUACAUGACAGAGCCGGAACAGAGCAGUUUGCCUCCUGAAAGUCCCAGUCAUUCAGCAGAUGCUCAGAACAGGCACAUCCCAGAUAUGCUAGAAGCAUCUGCAACCGGUGACUCAGUAGCACUGAGCCCACUGCCUGAAAAGCAGAACACACAGGCAGAAAACCUGCAAAGCAAUACAGUAUCCUUGGAGACCACACUUGAGGAUUCAGAGCAUUUUGCACACUCAGACGCAUGGGAAGGUGAUAGCUAUGGACAGACUGAAAGUGAGAAGGAAACCAAGGGAGCUACUAACAGGGCACAACUCCAUGAGGAGGUGCUGGACUCUGGGGAGAACAGUGCCUUAGGGAUUUCUGGAAAAGAGCCAGGCGACCAGGAACUCUCUUCUCCAGUUCCAUCUGAACAUCAAGAAAUCUGCCUUGAAGCAGGCAAAAUCAGCUCUCUUUCAAGCACUUCGAGUCCUCAAAUGGAGGGACUACCAGAAGUCUUAGGGUAUGAGAAAGAGUCCGACCGUCUAGACUCCUGGGAUGUGCAAACAGGGAUAUCCACAAAUCACCUGCAGGAAACAGACACCUCUGAAAAACACCCAGUGAAUCACAGAAAUUCAGCUGAAAUGACUGAGAUUUCAGAUAAAAUGAAUUUAACAAAAAAUACAUCUUUAUCUGAAAUGGAUCUUGAGGGAACUGAGGAACUGAAGCCAGACAGAGUGAAAGAAGGGCCUCGCCCUGAAGUCCCCCAAAGCCUUGACAUUUUGGAGAGCCCUACAGACAGUGAUGUGCAGGUCAGUCGUGUAAGUUCUGAGAUAACUACACAUCUUGAAGUAAAGGCUUCUGAAAACAACCUUCUAGGAUCCAGGUCCUCUGGAAAGUCUGAUAAAGAUAGUAUGUCCAGUGAGUAUACUCAUUCAAGUGCAUCAAGUCCUGACUUCAGUGAUUCUUCAGCUGCAUUGUCUUCCUGGAGCCAUGGACCCAGUACCGAGCAUCCAAAAGAAAAUCAAGAUGGUUGGGGUGAAGAGAAUCAUCAAGAAACUGAACUCAUUACCACUAAUGGCCAAAUAGAGGUAACCACUCAAAUGAAGGACUUUGAGGACACAUUUGAAAAGAACUUCAAUCAAAAGGUUCCUAAAUUUUUAGAGAUUUGGGAUGACUCAGUGGAUGGUGAUUCCUUAUCCUCUUUAUCUAGUUCUGAAACAGGUAAAUAUUCUGAGUAUUCAGGUGCCUAUCAAGAAAGGCGCCUGAUGGUUAGCCAGCAAGAGAAAAAUGAACUUGACAUUCCUGCAACUGUGCAGCCAGUGGAUAGCAAGGUUGCUCCAGUAAGCCCAGAUUCUGAUGGUAGUAUGGGUCCUGACAAGUCAGUGGAUAAAAAGAUCCACAUGGACACUUGUCAAGUUGCUCAGAGGAAAUCUGAAGCUUGGGAUUCAUUGAAUGAAUCUAAUAAGUCCUUGGCCACAGCUGAUCCCAAGUCUGAGGAAUUUUCUGACCAUGAAGGCAGGUCAGAACCAGCAGAGAACAAGUCACCCCUAUCCUGUGACAAUCAACAAAGCAGCCCUGAUCACUGGAAUUUCUCACCACUAACAGAGACUGAAAUACAGGUCAUGGCAGUGGAGAAUGAGACAAGAUCUUCUCCAGAAACAGAGAAGACAGGAGUGUGGCAGAUAUCUCCCCAAACUGAGCCAAAGAAUGAAGAGCAUCCUGAACCGGAAAUGCUAAGCUUCUCCGUGGAGAGCACUGAGUGGUGGAGUGCUGCACCACAGGGUGCAAGACCUACUGAGGGUGCUUUGGAAGAGGACCUGUCUAACUCAAGGAGUAUGUUGGAGAUGAAUUCUUCUGUGUACCAAAAUGCAGGUCCCUGGGGAGUGCCCAUUCAGGGUGACACUGAAUCCUUGGAAACACACUGUAUUAACCCUUUCAGUAACAAACAUCAGUCUUCCUUUCUGAAUUGCGAUGGGGAGAACUCUCACGAGCAACUCUGGAACAUUCAACCAAGGGAGCCUGACCCAGAUGCCAAUCAAUUUAGCCAGCUUGUAAUAUUGGGCCAAGUUAAAGAACAGGAUUCAAGAGAGCAAACCUUCCCAUCUUGUGCUGGUGAUGAACUCCCUUCAGAAACACACUCACAAGGGCAAUGUCAGGAUAGUACACUGGCUGCCUGGGAUCAGCCAGACCACGCAUUUACUCACACAGAGGAAAAUGCAUGUGUUAUCGCUAAUGUCUCAACUAUAGAGUGCCAAGAAGCAAACUGGUGGGAACAAGAACAUUCAUACCUUGAUGAAACAACAAAUCCAAGCACUGCCACAGAGAAUUUCACUGCUGGCAGUCCCCCUACACAAUCGAUAAGGAAGUCAGACGCUAGCUCUAGGGAGAGCCCCGAAGGUAGCUUUGUUCCAGAUAUUUUACAUGGCAACUUCCCAGAGGGUGGGCAGCUGGCCUCAGCUUCCCCUGAUUUGUGGAUGGAUGCUAAACAGCCCUUUAGUUUGAAAGCAGAUGGUGAGAAUCCUGACAUACUGACUCACUGUGACCAGGACAGCCAUUCCCAGGCUUCCAACAGCCCUGAUAUCUGUCAUGAUUCUGAAGCAAAGCAAGAGACCGCGCAGCGCAUCAGUACUUGCACAGAACCUGGCAUGCACUCCGGUGAGUUUUAUCUCACUGAGCCAAAGACGAGUGCGGAACCAUCUCCUGAGCCUAGACGGGAGUCGGUUUCAUGUGAGUCAGAACUCUAUUCUGAAAACACAGUUCCACUGUCUCCAAUCAGCCAUCAAGCAAACAUCAACAGCUCAUCCCAGCCUGCCUCUCAUCAAGGUUCUCCUGAACCUUCUGAUGUAGAAGGGCACAAUAAUGCAGGUUUAAAAGCAUCAGGGGAAGAAACCAGCCCAGACACAGCACCAGUGUUGGAACCUGAGGACAGAACGAACUACAGGAUUGAAAAUGUGGGAACCAGCAUCUUUGUAACUCACCAAGAGCCAAGUGUCGAAGACCGUGGCUCUUGGGAAUCAGAGGGGUUUUCUUCUGAAAGUCAGGCAGGUGCGAGGGCCUUGCUUGUUGACACUGAGCAACCUUUAGCUACUGAGAGCCUAGUUGCAGUUAAUAAUGAUUUGCUAACCUCAGACACUUGUCUGGAUGUGAGUGAAGCUGCCUUUGACCACAGCUUCAGUGAUGCCUCAGGUCUGAACACAUCCACGGGAACAAUUGAUGACAUGAGUAAGCUGACAUUAUCAGAGGGUCAUCCGGAAACUCCAGUUGAUGGGGACGCAGGGAAGCACGAUAUCUGUUCCUCCGAAGCUUCAUGGGGGGACUUUGAAUAUGAUGUCAUGGGCCAGAAUAUCGAUGAGGAGUUCCUGAAAGAGCCUGAGCACUUCCUAUAUGGUGGUGACCCUCCCGUGGAGGAAGAUGCUCAGAAGCACUCGUUGGCACCAUACACACCGCCUUUUGAUUUGUCCUAUCUCACAGGACAUGGCCCAGAAACAAUGGAGGACUCUAGGUCUCCAGAGGAUGUGUCUCUGGAGAGUGAAGCAGUGGAGAUGUUGCUUUCUGCACUUCCUGAUGGAAGAAGUGUGGAAAAUCACGCUGAGACCAAAAACACACAGCCUGGACCCCAGCUGACUGUGCUGCAUAUUCAGGAAGACCCUGAGUCUGUUUCUUUGCCUUCUGGAGCAGAGGCCAGCGUGGAGUUAUCACCUUCAAACACUGAAUGGGAAGUAGAAACAGUUAAUUCUGAUUCACCAGCAGGUGGAGACAUAGGAUCAUCAAUUGGUGCCAGCAAGGGAAUAUAUGAGUUGGAAGAAGAAAAAAUAGUUCCUAUCAAAGAGCCUGAGCAAAUACAAUCAGAAUGCCAGGAGGAAAUAUGUACUGAAAAGAAUGAAGAUCGGCAUGCACUACACAUGGAUUACAUACUUGUAAACCAUGGAGAAAAUUCUCCCCUGAAGUCAGAAACCUGUGAAGCCGGGGAAAGCCUAUCUGAACUAGAAGAAGCUCAUGUAGACUCUGAGAAACAGGGGCUGUCAGGAACUCAGUUAGCAAGCUCCCCAGCCAGGUGUCAGCCUGCCUCCUUCAGUGAGAGAAAUAAUCAUUCUGCAGAGACAAGGUCUGCUAGUGGGGACAAGAGAGCAUCUCUUGAAAGCCCUGCACAAGACCAGAGCUGGAUGGUCUUGGGUCUUAGUGCAGCCGGUGAUUCGUCAUCGGAAGCCAGGGACUCGGGCCCUGGAUGUUCUGACAAGACUGGGGAGCCGUUCUCUGAACUUGGCAUGGACAAGAGUUCCCCAGGGCAGGUGCUGGGGAAGAUGAAAUCUCUAGCAUCCUUCACACCUGAGGAAACCUCCAGUCUGGACAGUCAGUCAUGGCAGAGCAAGAGCCAAGGCAGCGCUGGCCAAGAGGCAGUGCUGUUGCAGGCUGUCACCCAUGACAAUGAAUGGGAAAUGCUUUCACCACAGCCUCGGCUGAAAGACAAGACCCCGGAAACAGAAGUGGAGGAGGAGACAGAAUUCCUCGAGUCCACCACCAGGAAACCAAGACCAAAUGGACUUCUGGCAGAGGAUGUAGGAAUGGACAGCCCCUUUGAAGCGGGAAUGCUGAGUCCCAACGCUGCAGACAUGAGACCUGAACCUCCCAGUUCUUUGGAUCUUAACAGCACUCAUCCUCGGAGAAUCAAGCUCACAGCCCCGAAUAUCAACCUUUCUCUGGACCAAAGUGAAGGGUCGGUUCUCUCUGAUGACAACCUGGACAGUCCUGAUGAGAUUGACAUCAAUGUGGAUGAGCUCGACACUCCUGAUGAAGCAGAUUCUUUUGAGUACACUGGCCAUGAAGAUUCCAUGGCAAACAAAGAUUCUGGCCAAGAGUCAGAGUCUAUUCCAGAAUAUACAGCUGAGGAGGAACGGGAGGACAACCGGCUGUGGAGGACAGUGGUGAUUGGAGAACAAGAGCAGCGGAUUGACAUGAAGGUCAUCGAGCCCUACAGGAGAGUCAUUUCUCAUGGAGCACACUUGUGUUCCAUCCCUCCCAUGCCUCUGUGUGCCACUGCAGGAUACUAUGGGGACGGUCUAAAUGCCAUCAUUGUGUUUGCCGCCUGUUUUCUGCCAGACAGCAGUCGGGCGGAUUACCACUAUGUCAUGGAAAAUCUUUUCCUAUACGUAAUAAGUACCUUAGAACUGAUGGUGGCAGAAGACUAUAUGAUUGUGUAUUUAAACGGUGCAACCCCAAGACGGAAGAUGCCAGGCCUGGGCUGGAUGAAGAAAUGCUACCAGAUGAUUGACAGACGCUUACGGAAGAAUUUGAAAUCAUUCAUUAUUGUUCAUCCAUCUUGGUUCAUCAGAACAAUCCUUGCUGUGACACGACCAUUUAUAAGUUCAAAAUUUAGCAGUAAAAUUAAAUAUGUUAGCAGCUUAUCAGAACUCAGCGGGCUGAUACCAAUGGAUUGCAUCCACAUUCCAGAGAGCAUCGUCAAGUACGAUGAAGAGAGAUCGUAUAAGAGAAGUGUGAGAACUAGCUGCCUUUACAAUGAUCCAGAAAUGUCUUCUAUGGAGAAGGAGUAAGACUUCACCAUCCAUAACUGCUAUGUGGUUUUACUUGUAGUGUUGUAUGGCUGGGCUCUGAAAGAGAAAGAUUCAUUGAGGAUUGGGUAAACUCUGUUUAGAUGUUCAGCUUUCAUGUGCUCUAGAAAUUAGAAACUUAAAUACAAAUUUGCCAUCUUAACAUCAUCACCACUCAGGACAACCCAGAUCUUUACAUAGCAUUCAGUUUUUCCAAUCCCAAAACAAGUGGAAAAUGAAUAUUUGUGCCAGAUGUAAGAACAUGUGGGUGAGAGAAAUGCAGCGCUGCUUUCUGAAUUACAUCAUCCAUUUUAAUUAGUGAAAGUUGGAACUUCCAUUUGAACUUAAUUCUUGGUGAUGAGGGGAGAAAAUGUCCUGUCUGCAAAUUCCAGGAGACAGUGGAGUACGGAUGAGACUUCAGGAAUGACGGGGUUGGAGGAUUCCUACCUUGUGAGAAAUGGGAAUUUGACAACUAGUGAGUCCUUAUCACAUUCCAGAGUCUGUAAAAAGCUUAACUCACAGUGUCUGGUUUUAAUCCAAAGAAUAAGCUCAUGAACUAUGCUUUACAGAUGAGGAAAGAGAGGCACAGGGAGAUUCUCUGAAAAGACCAACAUUUUAUAGUAUUUAAAUAUUUAAGUAACACAUGGCCUGGCACUGGGAUUCAAAACUUGGCUGUACCAUCCUGGAGCCAAUUAUUACUAUUAUUUAUUUGAGAGGCAGAGAGAGGGAGAGAGACGUGAGAGCUCCCAUCUGCUGAGCCUCUCCCCAAAGGGCCAAAGCCAGAUUCCGGUAACUCAACUGAGAUCUCACAUGGGUAGCAGGAAUUCAAUUACGUCAGUCAACAAGUAUGGUAGACCCUCGGGUCUGCAUUAGCAGGAACCUGGAGUCAGGAGCCAAAGCCAGGCAUUGAACUCAGAUACUGGGAUAUGGGACCUGAGUGUCUUAGCCGCUACACUUCUACACUAACACCUGUGCAGACAACGGUUUUUAUACCACAGAGCAGUAAGUAGACUCAAUGCUGGAAUGGUUGUGCCAUCUCUGAUAUAAUUAGGGUAUAUCACUCACCGAAGAGUAUAGUUCAUGGCCAAGUCAGUUGCAGGGAAAAACUGUGGUCACCAACACUCUCUGAGACAACCAGACCAUCCAGCUAGGAACUUCUAAUUUGAUUUGAGUUGUGGGGAGUUUAACAUUAUCUGUAUGCCCAGGAAUCAGGAAGGAGAGGCAAAAAUCAGUUAAGUGGAUUUCUUUUGUCACCUUUUUGUUCUCUUUUGAUCUCCAUCCUUUUCCUGGGGAUCCUAAGAGAUACUGGAAAAAUUACAGGGCACUAUCUGCGGUUGCCAUGGUGACCUUACACUGUAAAGGAAACCUAGGCAGAAAACUCCAAAGAGGAAGUUCCAACUGAAAAGUGUACAAAGCACAGGCUGUAAAGGGACCUUUUAAAUGACGUAGUAAUUUCUCUCAAGGACACUCUGGUCCCACCUCUUUGAGAUGCAAACAACCGCUACAUGAAGUUGCUACAAGAAAUUCUGCACAGCCAAAACACCUCAGGCAAACCUGACUCUGCAAAUACAGCACAGUUUUCCCUCCCUUCCCCAAGCAGCACCCCCUGGAGCAGCUAAGGAUACGGAGUUCACACACUGUGUGGAUGGAUGGCUUGAGAGCCCAUUCACUCACUGGUCUACCCAUGGCUGCUACAUCUUCGGGCUUACCCACUCCUGGGCCUGCUUUAACUGUUGUGUUCCUCAUUCAUUUAGAGGGCUGUCUGGGUUGAGGAGAGGGCAAAGCAUUGCUUCGCGUUUGGGUUAACGCCAGUGUGGGGUGUGUGGGAGGCAAGGAGGGUGCAAAGUGUUACGGUUCCUCCCCACUGCUUAAAAGAGCACCUUCUUGUCCGGGCUUCCCUCUCCUUUCCCUUGCCCCACCCCACGGCCACAGCACCCAGGACAAGAUCUGGGAUGGGGGCCAGAGUGGCGAGAAUCACUGACUCUGGCCCUGGCUGUCUGGCUUCCUUUUGUAUUGGAAGCGGGGAUUUCUGUUAGCUCCCACAGGCCUCUAGCCACUCCAGGCCCUCGAGAGCCGUGAAGAGCUCUGAUGGAAGCACUUUACACCUUCAGGAGCUGGUGGUGAGUGGGUAAACCUAACACAGGCAAAGAUUCACCUUCAAGGGGCCUGAUCAGACCGAGAAUAAAAUGAGUAUGAGUGGAUCCUGUCAUGGUCUCACGGCUGCAGAGAGAGAAGGGAGGGAUCCUGCUUCCUACGGGAUACCCAAGUGUUUCCACUAUUUAAACUGCAAUGUCACACACUUUGUAACGAACCUCACAUGAGAAGUCCAGAGGGCUGGUAGGAAAACCAUGGGAAGACUGCUGCUUCACUUUCAAGUUGGUUCUAGAAAACCAAGCCCAGCUGCCCCCAAAUGAGGAACAAUGCUUUUCUAUUCAAUACUCAUUAAAAGGAGUAUUUUUUUUUCCAAAAAGGAUCCUAUGUUAAAAAGUGGCCCUAGUGGCUUCUCUCCUUCACUUUUAGGUUUGGAUUUUAUUUACCUACUCAAAUCCUAAACCCUGUAGCACAACUUUUUCAUAUUUUCACUUACAUUAAAAAAAAAUCACAUUAUCAGGGAUGGCUCUAUUUUGGGAGACUUAAAUCAAUAGCAUUGUCAGUAGUUUCAUUAACUCCAUGAGAACUGGGUCAAUAGGUUUCAGUCUUCCUUCUGCGGGUUACCAAAAACUAAAGAGAUGAAUUAAAUCCUAAAAGACUGACCCAAAAAAAGUAUGAAAAAUAGUAUUUGGAGGUGAGCAUCCUGCUGUCAGUGUUGGUUCACUUUCCUCAGGGGCUGCAAUGGUGGAGCAAAGUGACCACACAGUUUAAGCCUCAUGAGAGGAAUACAAAUAUUCUGACCCACAUUCACACUUUUUGGAGAAUAUCCUUCAAAGUUUGGUUUAGCAAAUAAACUCUUGGUCUUUGAGAGAAAUUCAGCCAAAGAUGUGAGAAUCAAAGAGUAGAGUUCCAAUCACCAAAUCAAAGUUAAUCCAGACUUCUGGGCAUAACUACAGCUGGGAAGUACUUUUCAGAAGUGAAAACAAGACAAAAGAUGUUUGGGAAAGAGGACCCAGGAGUCACAGUGGUAAAAAAGAAGCCACCUCCAAAGUAAAACUCCACAGGUAAGAAAGCAAGUCAGAUCCUUGAAGGCCUAAAAAACAGAUUUUCAUUCAUUAUGGCCUGAGUGGCUCCAUGUGGCAUUCAGAAUGGCCAAGCUCUGAAAUCCACAGAGAAAAUGAGAUUAUGCCUGAGUAAUUAAACAAAGGAAUGAUUUUCCAAUUCCAAAAACACACUCAACUACUACUACUACUACUACUGUCAUUACAAUACGCUCAUUCUUUACAACUGAAUCCCUAGCAUGCUGUGAGAGAGACAUGAUGGUUCCGUUUUACAAAAAGGGAAACUGAGAAGGCAGGUGACUUGGCCAAGACCCCACCACUGAGAUGGACUUGCUGAGGAUUUACCAAAGGAAAAAUCCCUUGCUGCUGUCAACUAGGUGGGCAGCCAGUCAAUGUUAGCAACCUUUCUGUUUGCAAAGCUACUAAAUGAAAAGACUCAACUGUUUCAAAUUCCACAAGUAAAGCACAAUAAUGUUUUCAUCACAGACUGACCUCUCAGGAGAGCAGAGAUAAGUAAAUGCAGAUACUUCCUAAAUUGCCUUUUUCAAAGCAAUUGUUUCUCUUUUCAUAACUGAAAUUCCUCCUCUGGUGGUUCCCUGCCUUUUAGGUCUCUGCCUCUUGGGUAGUUGUGCUAGGAAGUUGUUCUGUAUUCAGUAACAGGAAAAUGGUAUUAUGGAAAAACUAUACACAGAUUUCAAAUUUUUUGCACCAAAAUAAGCUUAUCUCUCUCUUUUUAAAAGAAGUUCAUUUACUUAUAUUUAUUUGAAAGAGAGAGAUUUUCCAACCUUUGGCUCACUCUUCAAAUGGCUGCAGCAGCCAGCUGCCAGACUGAAUCCAGGAGCCAGGAACUCUAUCUGGGUCUCCCACAUGGCAACGACCCAAGUAUUUGAGCCAUUACCUACUGCCUCCUAGGACGUUCAUUGGGAAAAAGAUGGAAUAUAGAGUAGAGGUGAGGCUCAGACUCAGGCAUUCUGAGAUGCAAGUGUCCCAAGCCACAGCUUAACCUGUUGCACCACAAUACCAGCCCCAGGCUAACAUUUAAUUCCAUUUUCCACAGACUUUUCAAAGUACUCUUACGUUUGGGAAAUCCCUGGAAUUCUUAAAAAUUCUUUAGUUAUAAAGACCCAAUUCAUUAAUGUAGAAUAGUCCCUUUCAAUCAAAUCCUUUGGGUCCUACAAAAUAUUGGGGAAUUCUUGCUGAUGUUAUUUUAUUAUUCACUGCCUCAUUAUUUCGGGCAGAAUAUUUGCUUCACACACACACACACACACACACAAGAUCAUUUACUAAAAGUGGACAGAUCCCUUGUUUCCAUAAUGCAUAAGAUUUCUCUUCUUAAUCAACUUUAGGAACGAGCCUGCACAAGAUCUUUUCUUCAUUGGAUGAUUUUGAAAAGGUGUAAAAUGCUUCCAGAAACAAUUUUGGGAAAACAAACAGAAUCCAAAUUUUAGAGAAAAGUUUGGCAACUAGGGGAGGAUUAUGUAGUAUUUAAAAAAUGCAUGGUUUAUCUUCAGUAAGGUUCUUAAGGAAAAAAGCAAACACGUGUCACCCAAACCAAUCCUAAAUGUGUCAUGUUUCCCUUCCUUCCUUUACAGUAUUGACCUGAAGCUCAAAGAGAGGUCGUAGCUGGCCAUGGCUGGAUGAAGAGGAUGCUUUUGUGCUUCGUGCUUCUGUUGAAACCUGUCUACCUGGGAGAGACAGAGCUGAUGUUACUUUUUUCCACUUUGCACUACCUAGUGCCGUUCUAAAUUUCUAAGGGGGAAAACAGGAAGGGGAUAAACAUAGUUUAUGAAAUUGUGUGUAUUUUCCUAUUUUGCCAAUUAUGUGCCUCAAAGAUUUUAGUUGAACCUUAGCAAGAAAGUAGUACGUUCCAUUUCAAUGUUUUGUUAACCCUUGGUGCAGUCGUAUCUGGUCCCUUACACUGGUGUUCACUUCUAAGAUAACUUUAAUCCACUAUUAGGUGUGAGUAGAUUUCUUUCCAUAGAUUAGCUGGAUUCUCUUUGGUGAUCAUUCUUGGUUUAAAGAACACAGGGCUCAACUCUCCCCAAGAAAGCUGGCCCCAAGUAAUUCCACCUUUAAAAUCCCAAGCUUGCCAGGGGAGCCAUAACUCAGACACAGGUGUAAAACAGUCAUCCACCAAGUGCACACUUGGUUCUCACGCACAUGAAUAGUCUUUACCUUCACAUAGGGAAAUCUUCCUAAUUGGGCAUCAUAUCUUAUGUAAAUUGAUCUUUUAGGAAACUGUCACUUUCUGAUGAAUGUAGGAUACCUUCAUGUUGGAUUAAUAUUGUGUUUCUGAUAGCUGUCUGUAUUUUAGGCCAUAAACUAGUUCAAGAUGUUGUAGUUUAAGCAUCAGGGACUUAAGUGUAAGGUAAGCCACUCAAAACUUACAUAUCCAAAUUUCUCUCCUGCCUGAAUUAUGAAAAGUGAUAUGCUUUAAAGCACAGCAUGGUUUCAUGUGGGUCUCUAUGCUAGUAUAUCACUGUUUUUGUAGGGCCUAUAGGUAAGAAUGGUUUUCACAUUUUUGAUUGGGGAAAAAAAAAAACUGUAGCACUACAUGAGAAUUAUUCAAAUUUAAGUACCCAUAAAUAAAGUGUUACUGAAACACAGUUACAGAAAUAUGGUUUUGCUCCCUGCACAGCUAGUUUCACACUACAGUGGCAGAGCUGAGCAGCUGCCGCAGACCAUCUGGCCCACAGAGCCUCCAAUAUUUACUAUCUUCACAGCAAGAGCUUACCAGCCUCUGAUCUAACAAAUACAUCCUUUCCUCCAGCAUCCCCCUGUUGCAUUUGGAUACUAUCUCUAACAGAAUGGACACAUGAACUAAUUUUCAUCAAAAUGAAAUUCUGACACCAAAAGACAGUGAGAUAAAAGGCCUGGCCUACUGAAAAAGAUGAAGUUACUCCAGCCACAAAGUGUGGCUCAGGUUGGACUUGCAAGACCCAAGCUUCUCUUUAGUCACAUGUAGGUGUUGCUGAGGUCUUCACAUUACUGUGGGACCCAUUCUUACCCCCCAGUGUCACCUAUGACCCACUAAACAACCUAUAUUACCUAUUAAACAAAUGAGAAGAAAUAAACACAAAACAUAGCCUUAUGGUAGCAACUUCACUGGGGAGUGUGCUAUUUCCAACACCUUGAGCCCUGCGCUGUAAUUGACCUGAAGCAUUUUGAAGUAGACAUCUUUGUACAGGUGACUGAGUUUCACUGACCUCAUUUCACUCACCUCCCAUCCACCUUCCACACAUGGCCUUGCAAUACAGGUGCAUCAGCUAUCUGUCCCCCAUAGCUUUGAUUUUCCCUCUCUUGGUUCCUUUCAGCUUGGUAGCCUGUUGAACUUUGUGUUAUUUUGGAUCUCUUUCCUCUAAACAUCUGGCUUGUCCUAUAGGAAAACCUUACAGGCCACCUUCUCCCCCUGCCCACCUCUGCUUUUGGAAGCCCACAUUGUGCCUGUCUCAGAGAGUAGUGUUGGUGCCAAUCUAAGAAUACAAGAGCUGUUGAUAAAAGGCUCUUGCUAGAGCCAGCCAAACGUGGCAACAAUCUUACCAUUCACAUUUUGUUUGGCCCUGUCCAGCCUGGUUAUGGAAGGCUAUGAGGGGUUGUGUUGGAAGCUCAGUCUCCUUACACAGAAAUUAUGAACAUCUUUCCCAAUCAAUAAUUUUGUUUGAACUAUUCUAUAGGCUGCAUAACCACCAUUCUGAUACGUAGACAUUUUAUUAUCUUAAAAAUACAAAUUAAUUUAAUUGCACGUGCUAGAGAAAAGCUAUCGUGUAAAUUCAACUCAAGUAAAUAGACUCUUAGACAAAUGCUGAAAACAUAAUUCCUAAACAGGUAGGUAGACAGAUGUAAACGUUCCCAUAUUCAGCUCUCUAGCUCUUGCAUUUGCAACAUUCUUGCUUUGGUUCUGACUUCUGGAAACCGCUUUGCACUUUUUCUAUAAAUUUGUAGUUAAGGGAACCAAGGGGACUAAUGGGGGACAAAAGCAUUGUUUUCUGAAAGUGGUAACUGUUCUUUGGGUCACUCCUUGAUUAAGAGAAGAAACAAAAAUCUACACAAAAGAUACUGUCAAGGAGUGGGACAGUUUAUUUGAUGACACUAGCUGGGUUUGGAAGAAGACCCUGAAGUUCCUGUUGAAGCCAUAUAAGUCUUAUGGGGUAACCCUACAAGACAUACUCUGAGAUAUGAGGCAGUCCCUACUCCUAGCCUUUUUUGCUAGAUAUAAUUCUGGGUAUUCAGUUACGGAACUUUGUUGCAACUCUCUUCUUAUGAUGCCUCCAUAGUUUGCUCCCUUAGAAGCAUUUAGAUGUGCACAAAUUAAUCUUUUAUAUAUUUAAAGUUUUUCUACCAUGUAUUGGAUUGCUCAGAAUAAAGUAUUAGAUUUUGUUUUGUUAAAUAAAUGAAUUCCUCUCA